UGAAGAGAGCGUGAGUUAGUUCACGGGGAAAAACCCUGCGAAACACAAGGAUCUGUGCUGCGCGGCUCCUGCAGCGCCGGGCGAACCGCGGAGCUCCCGUGCAUCGGGUGCGCAGGGGCCCCGGCUCGGCCGCAAGCCCUGGCCCGGGGGGGGCCCCCCCCCCCCCCCGCUCCGGCACGGCCCCGGGGCGGGCGGGCAGAGGCGGGGGCCGGCCCCGCGUGUGCCCUGGGCAGGGCGAGCCCCUUCAUAAAGCGGCACGGCGGCGGCGAGGGCGAGCCCGGCCCCGCUCCCCGGCACGGCGCGAUGGAGACGGGCGGCUGCCGCAUGAGCGGCGCGGAGCCGGCCGGCCCGGCCGCGAUCACGCUGGAAGAUCUGGACGGGAUGGCGGAGGAGAGCCCCGAUUCGGCGUACCACAGCAACGGCAGCAGCCCGGAGGAGGAUGCCGAGCGGAUGGAGGACGAGGAGCAGGAGAGGCUGCUGAGCUACUGGCAGAGCGUGGGCAGGGGGCACCGGGUGGAUGUGCCCCGCGACAUGGCAGAGCCAAUUCAGCAACUGACUAGAAAUAACAAUCCUCAGGAGAGACAGACCAUCCCAUUUACCCUGAUCCAGCGCAAAGAAAAGCUUGGAGAUCUGCUUUACGAAAAACGUCAGUAUGGAAAAGCCAAGUGGGCUUGUAUAAAGAUGAAAGAAAAACAGUAUGAACAGAGCAUAUGCCUUGGAUUCAUGAAGCUUAUGAGGUACAUUUGUGAGCAGAAUUCCUCAGGACUGUACUUGGGGAUAACAAUACCCAUUGUGACCAUAGUCCAUACAAACGAAUCUCAAUCGGAGAUGACACAGUCAGUGACAGUAGCAUACUACCUGCCUGAAGUGCUGCAGGAUGAGCCUCCCCAUCCUUUUGACUCCGACAUAAUCAUUGAAGAAUGGCCUUCUACUAUUGUUUAUAGUAGGAGCUUCAGAGGAAUCACCAAUGAAGACUCUAUAAUGAGAGAAAUCAACCUGUUGGCGGAAAUCCUGGAGAGUCCCGAGUUAUGUUUGCAGGAUACAUUCAUCAUUGCAGGAUAUACAAACCCAGCUGCUGCCAACCGACACAAUGAGAUAUGGUUCCUUCAGAGACCAUAGCCUCCCCUUUCUGAUGCUUGUCCGUCACAGGAAUCAGUUCUGAUUUACUGGCAGAAUCUUACAGGUGAAUCACAUAAGACUAGAGGUCAAACCCUCAAGGAUUUUAGAAAUGUGGCUUUUAGCCAGUUUAGCAAGGCAAUCACUCCAACUUAAUAAUCAAACAGAAGUAACGCCUGAAACACACACUUUCCUGUGUCAACUUUUACAGUUUUUACACAAUUUUUAUGGAGAUUUUUUGCAUUUUAAAUUUUAGUUCACCUUUUUUUUUUUUUUACAAAGUAAGGGAGACAGAGACCUCUCUCCUCAUCUACUUCUUAGCAUCUCUAGACUGCCUGUGGCUUGGGACGGUCCUAGGGGAGCUCCUGGAGCCCCCGCACUGGCUGCUCUGGGCACCUAGUGCCGCCCCAGCUGCGCAAAGGCCCUCUUGGGGCUUUCAGGGGGACACACAUUACCACCACCUCACACAUGCAGGCUACGCUUCGGAAAAAGAAUGUUCAGGUCUUAAUUUCUGAAAAGAACUACCAGAUUUAGACCACUGGGAUUAAACCAGGGAGUAAGAGUCAGCCAGUGCUGACUCCUUUUAAUGUCAUCAUCUGUGGAGCAGAGAUUCUUAAUGCUAACCUCAGAAAGCAUUCAACCAAGGUACUUUUAACCUUGAGAAGAGGCCAAGAAGGCAGAAAGACCUAAUGCUCAUUAGAGUUUUGACAGCAAAAGUUACAGGUUACCUUAAUUACACACUCUUAAUAAUCCCAUGACUAUACCUGGCAUUCUUAAAUAGAAAGUGGUUAUGCUUAACUCUUCAGUUUUCUGAACACUUUUCUUCUUACGACUUCGCUGAAUGUUAAAAGAGUGCAGCUGAAGUAAGUACUUUGUUAGAUACUUUUUACGGUCUUCUGGCAGUACCACAUUACUAAUGUUAUAAAUGAUAUGAAUAUUCCACAGAAUCACAGGAAAAAUUUCAGCUAGGAGUGACCUCUGGCAGUCUCCUGGUCCAGGCUGCCCAGGGCCUCACACAGUUGGAUUUUGAGCAUCUCCAGGGAUGAGGAGCCCGUAACCCCUCUGGACCCUGUUCCACUAUUUGACCACCCUCACUGUGAGAAUUUUCCAUCCUCAUAUCUAAUUUUCCCGGUUGCAGCUUGUUUCUUUUAGCCUUCAUCUUUAUGAUAAUUCUGCAAGUAGAUAACUGCUAGUCUAGCACGUUGUGAUUGAAAGGCAAGCUCACGUAGCUCUACGUGCAUCAAAGGUCUGAAAGCAGCAUUCAUGCUUCGCUGUUUCCUACAGUUAAAGAGCACCUACUGCACUUUAGAAUCGGGGUAGCAAAUGGUUUUGCUCUCAGAAAUCCCUUCUUAAUGUCUCCCCUUACAGGUAUGAUGGUAGAGUUUAAUCUUAAUACUUAAUAAUAGAAGUAAAUGUCUUUUUACGUAAAAUUCAUGAAGUACAUCACCAGCAUUAUUUACUGAUUGCAGGAUUUAGGCUUUAAAUAGAGCUUUUGCGUCACGCAGUUACAACACACACAACAGCAACCAGAGCCAGUGCCUGCCAGCUUACAGUAAACUGGCAAACCAGCUGGAUUUCUGUAGUGCUUCUGAAUAGACGUACAGGGCUCACGUGCUGUAAGCCUCCUGCUUCCACAAGGCUCUCCACUGCCCCAGACUGACUCCAUGCCUGACCUAAAACCUCUCGCCAAGCAGCAGCACCAGGGAGCACUGGCUGGUGCUGCUGCCUGUCCUUGACCCUGACCAAGGUGCCCUCUGGAAGUCCCUGUCCCCAGGGAUGCCUUGGGGAGAGAGUGGGGGGGGGGGGGGAAGAGAAAGAGGAGGAAGAGGAGGAGAGGAGGCGCCUUCGUUUGAAUGCAAACCAACUGAUAGUCUUUGUGGGGAGAGGAAAAAAAAAAAAAAAAAAACGAAAAAAAAAAAAAAAAAAAAAAGCAAUUCUCACUUUCUUCUUCUGAAUGUCUGAUAUCCCUAGCUGUUCAGAUACCUGGCACUAGUCCAGUGCAGACAUUUGUAUUGCUGCAAAUUAACUGGAUGUCAAACUGAUGGGGGAGAAUCGCAAAAAAGACACUGGGUUUGGGAUCUCUGUCAUGCCAACCAGAAAGCUAUCAAAUCUGGUUUGCCAGGUGACAACACAAAUGCUUGUCCCAGUUGUGGCCACAACUCGGAACCACUUUGCCUGAUGUGCCAGUUUAAAUGUACAUCAAAAUAAUUCUUACUUAACAGAAUGAGAAGAUGAAAGUACCUGUCAUGUCUUUUAUUCCUCACAAUUUGUUCAAGAUACAGGAUCAAAGGCCAGGGGAAAAAAAAAAAAAAAAAAAAAAAAAAAAUCAGAUUUACUUUUCAAUAUGCCAAAUUGUUUCCUGUUUGAUUUUUAUUUAUUUUGCUUUAUAUUCAUUCUUAACAUUUCCUCAGAUUGUUGGAAAUGCCAGCCAGUAUUAAAAUGAAAUCCUACAAAUUAAUGGAAAAAAGUAAAAAGUUUUUAAAAAACGAGUUGAAUAGGGGGCCCAGAGAGGCAUUAAAUUACAGGUUUUGUUUUGCCCUCACCCCACCCCCUGCCCCGAGAUUUUUAUAAGAGCAAAUAAAGCCAAUUUUCAUCUUUGACAGGAUUUUAUGGCAAAUUAAAGAAGUUUCUGCAUUUUGAUUGCUUUUGCCAGUUACAGAAAUUAUUUUAAUUCUUUUGCACAACAAAUGUCAAAUAGCUACUGGAAGUAGUUAAAUCCUCUCACCAUAAAGUUCCAGUUUGUACAUACUUUACAUUUUAAACAUCUAUUGCAAAAAGCAUUUGCUAUAUCUUAUGUCUCUUUCCAUAGGCAGUCUUCACCUAAAUACUUCUGUGACUCAGCUACUUGUGGGUAUGUUAUAGAAACACUCUUGUUACUGACAUAUAAAAAUAAGGUAUUUAUCUGAAUGUGCUGAUAUCCUAACUGCAGCAAAGUGUUCAGUGUUGUUUGGUGUAAAACUGUGAAUUCCAGCAUAGUAUUUAUUUUGACUUACGUUAGAUGGCUUCUGCUGCUGAGAACCAAUUAAUCCCGAGUUUGAAAAUACACUUUAUGGCUACGGAACAUUAUGGAACAUUGCACCAACUUCUGUAAACAGCCCUCACAAGCAUGAGCACGAAGAAUUGCGCUUUUUCACUGACACACAAUAAAGUUUACUUAAUAGUUACACCAUUGAAUGCCAAGGAAACGUUACUAUUACUCAAAUACAUAAUUUGGGAAAGUUUGAAAACAUCAUGUCAAGCAUGAUUACCUAACUUCUGUUAUUGGACUAGGUAUUUUAGUAUCUGCCUGUGGCUCUACUUUGUCGGGCAUUGAUGAAUGGAUAUUAAUUUUUAAUUUGAAGUUAUUAGAUUUCCACUAUUCAAAGGAGAUAAUAAAACAGAAUUCACCCAUAUUUUUGGAAGAUUAAAUGAUGUAGCCUUAGCAGAUAAAUGUUGUCCUGCAUACUAUGUAUUUUUCAAACAAGCAUUAGUGCCUACAAAGUUUAUUCUAGCUAUUGUGAUACUCAGGGCCUUGCUUACUGUAUGUAUACAAAUAUAAAGAUAAUUUUUCUGGCAUUGUUGCAUUGUGUUGUUUUACACUGUUCUUCAUUUUCACUGAAAUAUUGUCUUGUUUACUGUUACUGUUUGUCAGAAUUAAAAACAAUGAUUUUAUU